AUUCACGUGUCCCUUCCAAAACAACUUACUUUGCCAGCAUAUUUUUGUUUGCUGGGGAAGAAAGUAACACUAUCCCACUGUUCAUCAGAGACAGACAGAGUCCACCUCUCCUCCCUGAGACUUUGGUGGACUUCUGGUGGAGUGAAAGGAAUCUCAUUGUGGAGUUUUUGUCUCAGACACACAGUCCAGGCUGACUUGAGUUACUUUCAGUUUAAUUAGUUUUAUAAGGAGAUGAAUUUCAAGUGAAGCCAGUGAAUCAGAAGAGGUCAUGGAGGAUGAUGGGAAACCUCUGCUCGGUUCUAUUCAAGGAGAUUACUACUCAGACCAGAUUGACUUUCUGGACUCCAGACAGAGAAGGCCUUUCCAUGUGGAGCCCAAGAACAUUGUGGAGGAUUCGGCUCAGGAGCGAGUGUCUGCUGAGGCUUCGGUGCUGAACAGCAGAGUUCAUUACUAUGGUCGACUGACUGCUUCAUCAGACAGGCUGCUGGCUCCCCCUGACCAUGUGAUCCCUCCACCUGAAGAGUUAUACGUUUACAGCCCUCUGGGGACAGCGUUUAAAGUUCAAGGAGGAGAGGGCUCUGCCAAAAACCCCAGUAUUAUCACUAUUUUUGCCAUCUGGAAUACAAUGAUGGGAACGUCCAUACUGAGCAUGCCAUGGGGAAUAAAGCAGUCUGGCUUCACCCUGGGAGUCAUCAUCCUCAUCUUAAUGGGUUUACUGACACUCUACUGCUGUUACAGAGUUUUGAAGUCAACUAAAUCAAUACCCUAUAUUGAUACUUCAGACUGGGAGUUUCCUGACGUGUGUAAAUAUUACUUUGGGAGACUGGGACAGUGGUCGAGCCUGUUGUUUUCCAUGGUAUCGCUGAUUGGGGCAAUGGUGGUCUACUGGGUCCUUAUGUCCAACUUCCUGUUUAACACGGGCAAAUUCAUUUACAACUAUGUUCACCAUGUCAACAUGUCCGAUUCAGAGUUUGGCACAAAUGGAACGGAGCGAGUGGUUUGUCCAUACCCAGAUGUGGAUCCACACAGGAAAAGCAGCAAUAGUCAGCAUUACAUCAUUGAUAACAGUACAGAUACAGUGUUGUUUGACCACUGGUGGAAUAAAACCAAAACGAUCCCGUUCUACCUUAUCGUGCUGCUGCUGCCGCUGCUCAACUUUCGCUCAGCCUCCUUCUUCGCCAGGUUCACCUUUCUGGGCACAAUUUCAGUGAUUUACCUCAUCAUCUUGGUCACUGUUAAAGCUUUUCGGCUAGGCUUUCACCUGGAGUUCCACUGGUUCGAUUCCACCGAUUUUUUCGUCCCAGAGUUCAGAAUCCUCUGUCCUCAACUUACGGGUGUUCUCACUCUGGCCUUCUUCAUCCACAACUGCAUCAUCACCCUCAUGAAGAACAACAAGAAUCAGGAGAACAACGUUCGGGAUUUGUCCUUGGCUUACCUUUUAGUAGGUCUAACAUACCUCUACGUGGGAGUUAUGAUCUUUGCUUCAUUCCCUUCUCCACCACUGUCUAAAGACUGCAUUGAACCAAAUUUUCUGGAUAACUUUCCCAGCAGUGAUAUUAUGGUGUUUGUUGCCCGAGCCUGUCUGCUGUUCCAAAUGACCACCGUCUACCCGCUGCUGGGUUACCUGGUUCGGGUGCAGCUGAUGAACCAUUUCUUUGGUGAUCAGUACCCCAGUUUCGUCCAUGUCUUCCUGCUGAAUGUCUUUGUUGUGGCUGUUGGGGUCCUAAUGGCCAGGUUUUAUCCCAACAUUGGCUCCAUUAUAAGGUACUCUGGUGCAACAUGUGGUUUGGCUCUGGUGUUUCUCUUCCCCUCAGCUGUCCAUCUGAAGGCUCUGAGACGUAACGGUGAACUGCGCUGGCCCUCUGCUUGCUUCCACAUCUUCCUCAUCCUGCUCGGAGUGGCCAACCUCCUGGCCCAAUUUUUCAUGUAGUACUAUCACAUUGUUCUCCUGCACGACUUCUCAUGGUUGUAGUUCUAGCUUUGGCACUAGUUGGCGGUAUUGGACUUCCCUGUAAUACAUUUACAAGAAAUUGAGUCACGGCACUUGUAUAGUUUCAGCAAAGAAAUCGAGCUGCUCUAGCAGAAAAAAAAUCACCGUUGUAAGUAAGUUACUGACUGAAAAUCGACCAUCGGCACAAUUGUGUUAGGAUCCGUGUGAUAAGGAAUAUCAUUUUAAUAUCUAUUUUUAAUUGAAAUUAAGUUAAAAUACAGCUGCCAGGAAGCGUUUAAGUAUCGUUAUUCCACUGUGAUGGAUUAUCCCACAGACAGGAGCACUGUUUGAUUAGCACCGGUAUUAAUCUGUACGUCCUGUUAAACAGGCAGGUGCCUAGAAUCUCUUGUGGAGUUAACACUUGAAGACACUUGUAUUACAGCUGCACUCUUCCAUGUUGUUUUACAGUGUUUUUUUUUUCUUUAAAGCAAAUUUGUACAGUAUCUUCAAACUGUGAACUGAACCCAAUGUCCAGGUCACAAACUGACGGUUUUAUUUUUGUACUUGUUUUUGUACGCUCUGUUUCUCUAAACUACACAGUUGAAGGGUUUUUGUAAUUCACAGGUCCACUCUUGACACCUUUCAUCAAAACAAGCAACAAAAAUUGAUCAUUAUCCAAAGAAAUUCUUUUAAAAAAAUGUCCUAUUUUUGCAAGUAAUAAAUAAUGUGUGUAAAUCCCAGGAGAUCAGCAGUUUAUGAAACGCUCAGACCAGCACCAACCACCAUGCCAUGGUUCAAGUCAUAGAGCUCACACUUUUUCUUCAUGCUGAUGUUUAAUGUAAACAUUACCUGAAGCUCUUCUCCUGUAUCUGCAUGAAUUAAAUUUUAAUAUCUUUAUUUAUCUCAAAAUAAAUUUUGGAUAUCCAAUCAGCCAAUCAUGUGGCAGCAACACAAUGUAAAAACUCAUGAACAUACUCAAGAUCCCACUGAAGUUCGUGCUGAAUGAGGGAAAGGUGUCAGAACACUGAGUGCACUGUAAUGGGGCUGCAGUGCUCAUGCUGACCCGGCCCCUGUCCUCUGUCCUCUGCUGAAAGCUUCUACAAUGGACAUGUGAGCAUCAGGAGUGGAUCAUGGAGCUAUGGAAGAACGUAGCCUUGUCUGAUGAAUCAUAUUUUUGUUUACGUCAUGUGAGGCUGUUUGACACGUACCACCUACCGAAACAUUGCUGCAGACCAUGUACACUCCUUCAUGGAAACAGUAUUCUCUAAUUUCACACCCUGCCACACUGUAAACAUUGUUUGCUACAUGGUUUAAGGAACAUGACCCCAAGUUUAAGGUGUUGAUUCAACCUCUGAAUUCUCCAGAUCUCAGUCUACUGGAGAAUUUGUGGGAUGUGCUGAACAGACAAGUCCAAACUUGCCCACAGCUUACAGGACUUCUGCUGCUACUGUCUUGGUGCCAGAUUCCACAGCACACCUUCAGAGGUCUUGUGAAGUCCAGGCCUCGAUGUACAAGAGCCGUGAUGAAAGCACAAGUGGAAUCUUCAUAAUAAUAGGCAGAUUUUUUAAUGUUAUGGCUGAUCUUUGUGUUUGUGUGUAUUGUACAACUAUUCAUUUUUCUUUUGCUCUCCUCCCCUGCAAACCUUUAACUAUGACCUGUUUCCCUUUUUCCCUGUGUAAAUAAGAGCUUGCACAGAUGUAAAAUCCUUUUGUUAUCCCUUACCUUGGCAAAAACCAAACAACUCUCAGUAUAAAAAGAUUUUUGAUUGG